AUGGGUUCUGGGUGCUUGUAUACAGACGAGGAAAUACGGCGUAUUUUAGAAGGAAGUGAAGACGAAGAUUUCAGUGAUGGAAGUGACGACAUGUAUGAACCUACAAGAGAAGAGUAUGAUGAAUCUGAAGAUGAAGAGGAAAAUAGCCAAAUUGAGGAGCAGCAAGUGUGUGAAACUGAGUUCGAAACUGAGACCAAUCAAGAUCCGACAUGGGUGGAAUAUAUUCUGCCCAUCGGAAGAGAAACUUUUAUAGGUUCUUCUGGUUUGCAAAAUACUCUAGUUAUUAGAAAUCAAGACGGUUCAGUUGCAAUUGAAAAAAUUAUGGAGUAUUUCGUAUCUGAUGAAAUUUUUCAUUGCAUGGUAGAAAAAACAAAUUCAUACGCUGAACUGCUGAAGAGGGUGCGCACGAAGCAAUUCUCUAGAAUGUCUCGUUGGGUUGAUGUUUCUAUUGAAGAAAUGAAGAAAUUUUUCGCAGUCAUACUUUAUAUGGGGGUAGAUAAGAAACCUUCCAUCGAACACUAUUGGAAAAUGGAUCCCUUGUACUAUUGUGAUUUUAUUCACAAAAUUUCAAUGUCCUAUAAUCGCUUUACAAAUAUACUACGUUGUUGGCAUUUCGAAAACGUGCAACCUGAUAAUAGUGAUGUUUUGUACCGGAUACAACCUUUAGUAGAUAAAAUUAUAGCAAAAUUUCGUGAACUAUAUACGCCAAGUGAUACUAUCGUCGUUGAUGAGUCUCAAAUAAAACACCAAGGACGACUCAAAAUAAAAACCUACAAUCCAUCCAAAGCGCAUAAAUAUGGUAUAAAAAUUUACAAAAUGUGUUCUACUAAUAGUUAUACAUGGUCCUAUUCUAUUCAUGCAGGAUCUGGAUCGGCUAUUGAAGGAUUGGAUAAACCAGGAUCUGUUGUGGUGAGGCUAUGUCUUCCACUUCUAAAUGAAGGUAGAUUGAUUGUUGCCGACAACUACUAUACCGGGAUAGCUCUAGCUAGAUACCUAAAGGAUAGACACACAGAUUUAUGUGGAACUUUGCGAAAAAACAAAGUAAAGUUGCCUAAAGAUAUCAUUCGGAAAAAACUAAAACGAGGUGAUGCCGUUGCUAAGCAAAUGGACAGCUUUGUAACUGUUUUGAAGUGGCACGAUAAGCGUGAUGUAUUGAUGAUUUCCACUUGCCAUGGUAAGGAAAUGACGGAUGUCACAUCUUGGAGAGGAGAAUCAAAAAAACCAAACAUGGUUAUGGAUUACAACGACGCCAAGAAAGGCAUUGAUGUUGCAGACCAACUGAGCUGUUACCAUUCCCCUCUAAGAAAAAGUAUGACGUGGUAUAAAAAAGUAGCUUAUGAUUUGAUUUUUCAAACAGCAAUAGUGAAUACCAAAGUGAUUUUCGAAGAGGCUACCGGUUCUUCAAUUUCGGUUUUAGAUGUACAAGAAGCAAUGAUACGUCAUUGGCUUGGCGACGUGGUCAUGAAAAAACACCCAGCAAGAAUAUCAACUCUGCCUUCAACAUCAUCAGAAAGACACGCUCUAACCCAGAUUCCGAGGCGAGAUGGAAAACUCGUAAGGAGGCGUUGUGUCAUCUGUUAUGCUAACAAAAAGGCUGAAGGAAAUCCUUUGCUAGCUAAACAACACGGUCUUGGUGUGGCAGUGGACGAGGCAGAGGAGGAGCAACAGAAGGUAAGCUGCCAUGCUGCCAGUGCUAAUCACGUGCACGCAGCCGCGCACUGCCGCCACCGCAUGUUGUGCGGUUUCUGA